CGCUCCGUGAUAACCGGAAGCAUCAAUAGAGGCGAUUGAGAAACGGCGAGAGACAUCAUCACCUGUCGAUUGCGUUCAUGUAUUUCUCCUGCGCUCCCAUUAAUCUCCAUACACCACUUUCAUAACACUCAUACCCUGUCGUUUAGUCGCUGUCGAGUCGGUCAGGACGGUCAAAGCAAAAUUGGGCAGUUUUAAUUCUCUGCGCAAACGGGAGGGUUUUGAAUGUGCGUUGAAGCCUCGCAGCAGAACAAAUGUAAACAAGCAGCCGAUCAGCUGUGCGGUUGAAGACGCGCAAAGACACGAAGUGAUGACAGCGACCCGCACGGUUUGACAAACACCUUCUGCGUCCUCUAAAGCUAAAUUGGACAUUUAUUUACAUGCGGUAGAGCUUUUUUGGGGGGCGUUAGGGCAGUGUACGAGGACAACUCCCAACACAUCGUCUUCCCCCUCCAUUGCGGCUAGCAGCAAACAGAACGAACGAGUUGUCGCUGCUUAUAAAGGUAAUAUAUUUUGUUUGUUUUUAAUUCAAUUUGAAUGCCGGAUAACUUUACGCCUGACAGAAAAAGCAACAGGAUUCGAUAAAUAACGGGCAAAAAAAGGCUAGCAGUCCCCCCUGGGGCCCAAGGAAUAGAUAAAUAUUAGCAACGUAUUAAUAUUUACAUGAAGCUGGAAGUUUAAAGGCACUCAGACGUCACAUUUCCCGAGGAGCAGCUCAGCACGGCUGAAGGAUCAGGGCUGUUAUGGCACACCAGCAGAUGCCGAGCUCUCAGAAGGCUCUGAUGCUGGAGCUGAAGUCCCUGCAGGAGGAGCCAGUGGAAGGUUUCCGCAUCACUCUAGUGGAGGAGUCGGACCUCUACAACUGGGAAGUGGCUAUCUUUGGUCCUCCAAACACACUUUAUGAAGGCGGCUACUUCAAGGCCCAUAUAAAGUUUCCUAUCGACUACCCUUACUCUCCUCCGACCUUUCGGUUUCUCACCAAGAUGUGGCAUCCGAAUAUAUAUGAGAAUGGCGAUGUGUGUAUUUCUAUCCUCCAUCCACCUGUUGAUGACCCUCAGAGCGGAGAACUGCCCUCAGAGAGAUGGAACCCCACACAGAAUGUCAGAACAAUCCUGUUGAGCGUGAUCUCGCUGCUAAAUGAACCCAACACCUUUUCUCCUGCAAAUGUGGACGCCUCAGUCAUGUUUCGCAAGUGGAGGGACAGCAAAGGCAAGGACAAAGAAUAUGCAGAGAUUAUAAGGAAGCAGGUGGUGUCCACUAAGGCAGAUGCCGAACGAGAUGGGGUAAAAGUGCCGACAACGCUAGCGGAGUACUGCAUCCAGACCAAAGUGCCUUCCCACGGCAGUACAUCUGACCUGCUCUACGAUGAUCUGUACGAUGACGACAUAGAGGAGGAUGAUGACGAUGAGGACGAGGCAGAAGCCGGAGGGAUUAGCAGCGAAAUGGCAGGGGACUGCUUUGGCGACGAAGAAGACUCUGGCAACGAGGAGUCUUGACCUCCUUCCCUAUGUUUCUGUGACAUUGACCUUCACCCACUCGCUAUUCUUUACCCCGACGGCCUCAUGUUUCAGAUGCUCUUUCUCUGUGCUGAAAGCUUUCGUUUAGUUUUUUUCACUGUUCACUCCAAAUCUCAUAACUUCAGAUGUGUGGCUUUACAGAACCUCCCCGUUCCUCAGUAAAGUACACUAUGGGUUCAUAAAAGUAGUCAUUUGAAUAUGUUCACAUCCCACCUUCUCCUGCCUUUUAACCUCAGGGCUUUUGGAUAUUGAGAGCUUGUCACAUCCCCGUGAACAUUGUUCAUUUCAAAAUUUUCUUUAUAACAACCCUAUUGUAAGGGCUAAUUUCCUCUAAAAUUAAAUUCUGUUAUGAUUCAUUCACCUUCACAUGGUUCCAAACCUGUAGAAGUGUCUUUAAUGAAAAAAAAAAAGUGCUUCUCCAUAGAUUAUAGCUAGAUUACCCCUCCAUUCAAAAUAACCACUACAUUGUAGGUGGGAAAAAAAGUCAAUAAAAAAAGGUAGAGCUGGGCCGAUAAAUUAUAUUAUAUUGAAUCACGAUAAAAUUUGUCAUUAGCAAUAAGCUCUGGACUUUUUGUCUCUAUAAUGAUCGAAGCGCCAAUCACUAAGAGCCAGUGCAACAAUGGGAAUCUAAAAGUGUGUUGAUAUUAGAGACGUAUAGAAAAUUUAUCCGUCAACAAUACGUUAAGCCAUUUAAUGGACCCACACAUUUUUCUGGCUUCAGUCAUUGUUGGGAUACUCUAUUAAAUCUGGAAGCAUAAACAACUCUAAAUAUAUAUCAUUAUCGUUCAAUAUGGAAGCCCGAAAAAAAGUGUAGUAUGUCUCAAUUGACAGUAUUCAUAAAACAACAAACCAUACAAAUGAACUGCAACACAUUCCAAAGUGUAAAUAUGAUAGACUGGCAGAUGUGUAUUCACAACUAUAAUCCUAAGUAUAGUCACUCACAAUGGAUUUAUUCACCCCUAGCAUUAACAUGUUUUUUGUGAAUCCAAUCACAAGUGGAUCAUGCUAAAACAGAGGUAAAUUAAGACUGAAAUGUACUGAGCUUGUAGACCAGGGGUGUCUGAAGUUGAAAACAAAUUCGAUUGAAAUGUUUGUGGUGUAAAAGCUCAUGUGUUCAAACAGCCACAAAAGACUACAUACUCAUAACCUACUAAACCAACGAUUGAACGUUAUAGGAUGUGUUGAGAGAUAACUUGCAUCAUGCAUUACACAAAGUGAUGUGAAGUAGAGCAUACCAAAACAAGAGUAGAAGGUAACAGUGACAUGUUUUAAAUGGCCAAUUGAGAACUGGAACCCCUGAAAUUUUCAGUGAUGUCUUUUAUAACCAAAUACAGUUUGGUAGUUUAAAUCAAAGACACCGUACAGGAUUGGAAAUGAAAUAAGGGUGAGUAAAUUAUGAUAAAAUUUAAAUUUUUGAGAUAACCCUUCAACCCACCCAUGGGCUACUUAUGUCUGGUAAAACCAUCAACAAACGAAUGUUUUCUGUUUGUUCCUGAACGUUCACAUAUGGACAGUUUCUUCAAAGCGUUAUAGGGCUUCUAUGUAUCCACAAGAAAGGAAAGUAUUCAAAGCUGGGAAAACGAGAGACUGAACAGACUCUUUCUCAUAAAAACGAAGCGUCAGCCAUCCUCAUCAGCCAGGUCACCUUCGCCACAGCUAACUCUACAUACAUCCCCAAAUCACUUGAGCUUUUCUGAGCCAUUAAAUCACAGUGUCAGAUUAUAUGGCACAUGAAGGUGCUUUCAAGUGCUCAGCAUUUAAACGACUUCCAGCACACCAUCGUUUCUCUAAUUCAGGAUUGAUUUAACCCUGAAAGUUCGAUCAACUGAUUUCUGGCUGUAGGAAAUCACGCAUUUAGGCUUUUAAAAACACACAUACUAUUGGUAAGUGAUCACGUACGAGUGCCCGAGCAGCUGUACCAAACCAUUUCCUCACAGAGUUUAUCAAGUACGGGGUUUGAGCUCAGUGACUGCUGAGGACAUUUUGCUCAUCAUCAUGAGCCCUCUCAUCCCUGGGUUUUUUUCUUUUGCAUUUGCGACUUGCCACGGUGGGCCGUAGCUUUCAAAAGCAUGCUUGUGUGUUUUCUGUGUUUUCUAUCAAUCAUUGAGGCACUGAGGUCACAUUAAUGAGGGCGGAAGACGUUUAUGCACACGGGGUCUCAGGUACAUCUUUAUUCCUGCAAACCAGCCAAGGACACCUGAUUCCCAAUCCUCCAAAUCCCCUCCAAAAAGGAGCGUCGAUGCGAGGACCGCGAGGGAAACGGUGCUUUCGUUUUUCUGCCGAGCAUCAAGAACUCGUUGAACUACUAAAACAAUCGUUCCUGAUUUAAUCGCUCUGGCCUACGAGCUCAGAGACGCGAACUGAUUAAAACAGACUGGAUCUUUCACAUUCAGCAAGAGACUCGGUGUAUAACACCCCUGUGCACAGCAAAACUAAAAGUUCAUUUCGAAAAAACAAGUGUUGUGACAUUAGUCGACAGUGAAUUUGUCUUGAAGGACUUUAUUAUUUGUGUCACGAGUGUGUUUUUAAUGUUCCAUUAUUAUUUUUUUUCGCCAUAUACUUUUGUUUGGCAGGAGUUGUGGUCCUUGGUCAGAUCAAAAACAACCGAAGUCAUUAUUUGCUCUAAGUUCAAUGCAUUUCCUUUUUCUUGUGAUGAUGUUAAAGGGAAUACCAUUCAGAAUACUCACUUGAGGAGCUUUGAGGUUGGGGGUGGUGGGGGGGAUCGUCCGGAUUGAUCGUUUUAAGACUGUGCUUGUAUGAUCACAAUACAAUUCAUUUUUUGUUUGAGUGUAUGUACAGGAGCUAAUGCUCCUUAGCAAUUAAACCAUUAGACAACACAUAAA